AUGACCUCCGUUUACUUGUUUGUUCCUAAUUUGAUCGAGUACUUACGACUUGUAUUGAUUGUAAUUGCGUAUUUCAUCUUUGAAGACGUGAUUCCGUUUCUCGUUGUGAUUGGCUUCACUGCUAUUCUAGACUUCAUUGAUGGUUAUGUUGCUCGGAGACUCAAUCAGGUCUCAGCAUUUGGAGCUUGGCUUGAUGUAUUGGUUGAUAAUGUGGCUAGAGGAAUGGUGUGGUCAAGAAUACUACCAUGGGGCUGCUUUGUUUCUGCACUGGAAUGGACUGUGUUUGUCUGCACUCAUUCAUCUGGCUCAAAGUGGAGGGAAGCGUUCAAGCAUGCACCUUGGUGGGUACAAGCCGUGAUGGCCAAAGGAUUCAAGACAUCACAAGGCACUCUUGUAACACUUGGUCUUCAUGUGCUUCCAUUAUGGAUUUAUGGCUGGCAGAGAAUUGAAGCGCCUUUGUGGUUUGCUCUUACUGGGUUUUCUAUUUUGUUAGCUGGUCGGCUCUUAGCAUUUGCAGUGGAAAUCUGGUGUAUUCUGACGCAUCUAAAUUUUUUGGUGGCUGAAGAAAGAAAAUAGCAGUUGGUCUGCUGCAGUGCUUGUAACAAUCGAGUUACUCUACUGGACGUUUAUUGAUUAAUUAAUUAAUUAAUGAAAUAUUUUUGUAUUCAUUCAAGCAAUUCUUUUUGUACACAUGUACAACUGUACCGUAACUAUAAUGAGAAUAUACCAUAAGAAUGGA